UACAAAUCAAAGCGAAGCAUAAAAAUCUAUUCACCAUAAAACCCCAACCAAACUGCUGCAUGCAGUGCAUAACACAUAAUCGCAUCUUCAACGGCCCUAAAUUUUCGAGUCUACUAAAAAAUGGCUUUGAACGGAGGAGCUCCCCAGAGAGGAAGUGCAGCAGCGGCUGCAAGCAUGCGUAGGAGGAGGACAACAAGUGGCGGCGGCGGAGCCUCAGGUGGGGCAGCGGGUUCCAUGCUCCAAUUUUACACAGACGAUGCUCCAGGACUGAAGAUUACUCCAAAUGUUGUACUUAUUAUGAGCAUUGGCUUCAUAGCUUUUGUUGCUGUCCUUCAUGUCAUGGGCAAACUUUACUUUGUCCGUAGAGAGUAGAAAACCAGCUUCAAUGAAAUUUCCAUCUGCUGAUGGCGUGAUCACUGUAGUUUGCGGUAGCUUUUUUUAACUCUAAAAUGUUCUUUUUUUUUUUUUUUAAUUAAAACCUUAAUUCGAAUUACUCGCACCAAAUUUUAUUAAUUUAUUGGAAUGUCACUAUUUUGUAUUGA